AAAUUCAGGUUACAAUUCAACAUGCCAGAUGCACACCGUCCUUUAUGGAUGUUCGUCACACCAUGUGGCGGAAGUGUUCAUUGGCAGUUAUUUCAUACAAGCCGUUCGUUCAAUGAUAUUGAUGGUCAUUUUGUGAAUAUUCAUCCGAAAGCUGCAAGCUUCAAUCAUAUUCUUCAUAUGCGCAUUCCACCGUUAAUUCAACCUGAAACGAACACCCUUUCUGAGCCACUCAGUUUACUGGCUGGUGAGGCUGACGACAAACGCAUGUCUUAUUACACACAACAACUCGAUUCAGACAGUCUCGUUCUGGUCUUAUCGUCGAAUAUGCAUAGCACCGCUCGUGUCUUCAUAACCACCGAGAAAUGGCGUCUUGACGAACACUACCCUCCGCUACCCGCCGAUCCGACAGUCUCUUAUCAAGUGGCCAAAUAUCGUCGUCAUUCUGAGUUCAACGAUGCAGCCACUGUUCGGAUAAGGUGGAAUAUCCCACCAGAAAUCAGCGCGAUGAACAUCAACGAUGGCAAAAGCAAUAAGAAUGGCCACACCAAUAGCAGUGAUAGCGAUAAUAGCAAUAAUAAUGGACUGCGCUUGAAUCGUUAUCGUUUCUGUGCUGUCGUAAGUAGAAAACAGCCAGACUGGACGAUUUGUGAUGAAUUGGGUGAGAAUUUGGAGAGUAUUCACUGCGUGAAUCAGUCCUCGAAUACAUUGGAUAUCGAUAAUAUGCGGACGAAUCGUCGUUACUAUGUAACGGUUUUCUUCCGUGAUGCCUUAAGCGGUGGCACGAGUGCAAUGCGUCCUUUGGAAAUCCUACUUCCAGACGUGAGCGUACCAAAAGAAAAACAGAAGAAAGACAGGCAAGCAAAGCGCAAAGAAAAGGAAAAUCGCCUGCUAGACGCACAUUUGCAAAGUGGAAAAUUGGCAAGUUUCAAAGGUGCUACACAAAGUUUCGAUUUUUCUGUACGUUCGCGACGUACUGACCGGCAAAAGGUAUUGCUAGUGUUACAUGCAUGCGAUGGUUAUAUUCGAGUGGCAAUCUACCGAAAUGGUCGGCUGUUGCGACGCUCAGAUGCAUUCAGUGGAUUCAGAAGAUUUCUAGUGAUGAAUGCUCUAUCUGGACAUCUCACCAUACAGAUUAUCAACGAUGACUCUAAGCCCAAAUUAUUCAGAUUAUGGGCAAGCACAAAUCCUCAACGUAGCCCUUAUCCACAGCUACCUGACGAUACAAGUAUCAAAGAAACGCGUCGAAAUUGUUCCUCCACAACGUUGCAAUGGUUGAAAGCAAGUGAUGCAGAGAUUCGCUAUUGUUUAUAUAAACACCAAGAGACUGCACAUUAUCUGGAGGAGUUGGUGAAUCGUCAUACGAAUUUGUGCUCGGGGCGAAUGCCAGAAAAUGAUUUGGUCGGUUGCUACACACACCUGGCUGCAUACCAUCAGCAGAAAGCUCGGAAAGCACUAAAAUCAAAACCAUCCGAGUAUUUACACUACGUGCACCACGCGGAUUACCACGCUAAGGCAGACGAGCCAAGCGCUUACACUGACCACAAGCAGAAGCACGACGAGCAUGAGGCAGAUGCGGACGAUUACGGUGUGGAUGAUGAGGACGAUUACGAUGGACUAAUCGAGACUACCGUAAGCGAUCUGCAACCGGAUACAACGUAUCGUUUCGAUCUACUCGCCGAGCCAGUUCAUCGAGCACACAGUCAGCAGUUACCGUAUCGGACCGUUUGGGUGAAAACAAGGGCGUUUUGUUGA